CUACUAUUUCACACCCCAUUCUGCUUACUAAUUAUAUACUGACAAAUAAAGAACAAGUCUCUCCUGAAUUAGCAGCAUAUUAGCUCAGAAAGAGCCCCAGCUGGCAUCAGGAUAUUCUUGCCACCCCCACCUUCUACUUCACAUUAAUCCUCCAUAUUGUCCAACAAUUUUAACUUUUUGCGCAGGUCCUCUUCGGGUCUAUUUCCACUUCCACUUUCUUUUUUUUAAGGAUUACCUGAAUUUGCAGCAUAUUAGUGCAGAAAGAGCGCCAGACAAGAGAAAAAUCUUGCUACUUCACAUUAUUCUCCCAUAUUGUCCAUAAAAUUUCCACUUUCCACUUUUUUCAUCUGAGCUCACGCUUUAGGUGUUAUAUAGCGUCCUCUUCCCAUUUAAAAUUCCCUUGUAAUUCAACCCAAAUGUAUAUUUAUUAAAACAGGAACUUCUUUUUUAAGUAUCACCGACUAGUCACUAUACCAUUUAAGAAAAGUCAAUACAUUUCUCCAUCUGCGGUCACUACUCUCUUUCAGCUGGGCCAAUAGGGGUGGGGUUCGGUGCUAUAUUUGUACUUCACCUAGCUUAUAACCAAAUUCAAAUGCAUGCCGUUUUAGCUAUAUAUUUCCAUAUUUAGGUGGACAAGUGUAUAGCGGUGCAUGCAACAACUUGCAUCUUUAUGUUGACAAGUGUUAAGGGUUACUGCAGCUGAGCUAAGAGAGAAGGAAAGUUAGGGCUUUGUAGACAUUUCACAGAAAUUAUCUGCUAGCUGUUCAUUAAUGGCGUCCAAGACAACGGUGAGAUCUUCAGCAACGAUCUUCAUCUCUGUUCUCCUCUUCAUCGGUGUUAUCGUCUCUAUGCGAUUGCUGCACUCUUCCUUUGAAAUUACCAUUGCAGGAUAUUCUCCACGAAAGUCAAUAUUAACCCCCAUAACACGCCACAAUCACACUGAUACAAUCCCAGCUAACUCAAAAGAGCCCCAUAAGAAACUGGAACUCGUAACAUUUCACAAUCACACUGAUGCAACACCAGCAGUCUCAAAGCCGCCCCAAAAGAAACUGGAAGUCCAACUAAAUUGUACACUUGGAAACCUCACAAGGAGUUGCCCAGCUUCUUACUACCCGUCAAAAUUCACGGAUCAAAACCAAGCCACUUCAUCAGCUCCUCCGCCUACAUGUCCAGAUUACUUCCGCUGGAUCUAUGAUGACCUAUGGCCUUGGAGAGAAACAGGAAUCACCGAAGAAAUGGUGAUGCGAGCCAGAAGGACGGCAAAUUUUCGGUUGGUGAUAGUGAAAGGAAGAGCAUAUGUUGAGACAUAUCGGAAGUCAUUUCAAAGCAGGGACCAAUUCACAUUGUGGGGUAUUUUACAAAUGUUACGUAGGUACCCUGGUCAAGUUCCUGAUUUGGACCUGAUGUUCGACUGUGUUGACUGGCCAGUCAUUAGUACUGAAUUCUACCGACGCCCUAAUGCCCCUGCUCCUCCACCUCUGUUCCGAUACUGUGGUAACAAUACCAGUUUGGAUAUUGUUUUUCCAGAUUGGUCAUUCUGGGGAUGGCCAGAGAUUAAUAUAAAGCCUUGGGAAAUUUUAUCGAAGGAUUUAAGAAAAGGCAAUGAGAAGGUGAAAUGGACCGACAGAGAACGAUAUGCCUAUUGGAAGGGCAAUCCUGUUGUUGCUGAAACCAGGAUGGAUCUGCUCAAGUGCAAUGUUUCAGAAAAGCAGGACUGGAAUGCACGAGUAUACGCUCAGGACUGGAUUCAAGAACAGAAGCAAGGUUACAAGCAAUCAGACUUAGCUAGUCAGUGCAUAUACAGAUACAAGAUUUAUAUAGAAGGAUCUGCGUGGUCUGUGAGUGAAAAAUACAUUCUGGCCUGUGAUUCUGUUACAUUACUUGUAGAACCCCACUACUACGAUUUCUACACCAGAGGUUUGAUGCCACUGAAACAUUACUGGCCCGUAAAAGACACUGACAAAUGCCGAUCUAUCAAGCAUGCUGUUGACUGGGGCAAUACUCAUCAACAAGAGGCACAGGCCAUUGGUAAGGCAGCAAGCAAUUUCAUUCAAGAACAACUCAACAUGGAUUAUGUGUAUGACUACAUGUUCCAUCUAUUGAGCGAGUACGCAAAGCUCUUGAAAUACAAGCCCGUUAUACCACUAAAAGCAGUUGAGCUUUGUUCAGAGGCAAUGGCAUGCGCAGCUGAAGGAGUGACAAAGAAGUUCAUGUUAGAAUCUCUCGUUGAAGGUCCCUCGGACGCGAUACCUUGCACCAUGCCACCCCCCUUUGGUCCUGCAGGUCUUCACUCUAUUCUUGAUAGAAAAGAAAAUUCAAUAAAACAAGUUGAAUCGUGGGAACAACAAUACUGGAAGAAAGAAAGCAAACAACAGUGAAGAGUUUACGUUUUCUUACUCAUAGCUUACACGUACAAGUGGGGUAUAUUUUGUUAAUAAGAGUUUUUUGUAUUAAUCAUCCAACACUGUGAAGGAGCACGAACAUUAAAUCUUGGUGUUGAGACAACAUACAUGUAGGAGUAAAAUUCUCAGCUACAGCCUUUUCUUUUUUUAGA